AUGCGAUUCUCGCCUCUUCUCACCUCCUUUGAUGUCUCGCCUCUUCUCACCUCCUUUGAUGUCUCGCCUCCUCUCACCUCCUUUGAUGUCUCGCCUCCUCUCACACCUCCUCUCAUGUCUCGCCUCUCCCUAUCACUCUUCCUACACCCAGUCCCCGCUAUAAGGGACCUCAAGGCAGCUCUUACGAUGCCACCUUCAUUCCCCUACCUCCUCCCCCCCUCCUCCCCCCCGUCCCUCCCCUUCCCCCUCCACCCACUUCCAGUCCCCGCUAUAAACGACCUCAAGACAGCGCUGAGGGUGCCGGGCUCCUUUGGCUGGCGGAAGGGCGCCUCUUGCUCUGACGACGGAUUAGGGCGGUUCUACCGAGGAUUGAAACAUCCACUGGGGUCUGCUGGUCUCGCGGAUCUCCACUCUGCCGCCCUCAAUCUCCGCCCUCACCUCUCUCACCGAAAUGUCAGUAUGAAUGGAGUGACUUUUGAGUCGACUCAAAAGAAUGGAGUGAGAGAUUCGCUCUCCCUCACCCUCGAUACCGUCCUCCUCCUUCUGUCUUACCCUCUCAUCACCACCACCCCCUCAUUCUGUCUCUGUCAUACUUAUACUUUCCCCACCUCUCUCCCCCCCACCACCGUCAGCACCCUCUCAUCAGCCUACAUCUUCUCUCGCCCGGACGCCAUAAUCUCAGUCUUUCUCGUACCGUUACUUCCCCCCGUCUCCCCCCCACCACCACCACCAGCACCCUCUCUUCAGCCUACAUCUUCUCUCGCCUGGACGUCUUUGCCAAGCCAUUCGCCUGCCUGCCCAACUUGCAGUCACUGUGAGUGCAAGCCUGGGGUGCUGACGUCUCCUCUCAACUCCUCCCAUAUCCUCUCAACUCCUCCCAUGUCCUCUCAACUCCUCCCAUGUCCUCUCAACUCCUCCCAUGUCCUCUCAACUCCUCCUAUGGCCUCUCAAGUCCUCCCAUCGCCUCUCAACUCCUCCCAUCUCCUCUCAACUCCUCCCAUGUCCUCUCAACUCCUCCCAUGUCCUCAACCCACCCCUCACAACAACAACACCUCCUUUCGCUUCCAUUUCCUCUUCCCAAUUCUACUCUGUCUCAUUCCCCACCUCUCUUUCAUUUCACCCGCCUCCAUCUCUCUUCUCUCUGUAGCCUCAUUUUGA